GUUGUUGGUAUUCCUACCUCAUACUUCGGCUACGAGACGGAUUAACUGAGCUUUGUCUUUGGUGAAGAGGUUAUAAGAAAAUGAGUGUAAGUAGUUUGUUAGUACUUCAUCAGAUGCUGUGGAUUUUGUGCUGUAUACUGAAGGCCUUCGCCGCUGCCUGCAUUGUUGGACUAUGCAUUAACUUUCGGAAGAAGACUGGUGCGAAGUCCGGGUCGGAUUUAGCUGCGGGUAAAUCUGCUAGCAAGGAAAACCGUCCGAUGCCGCGGUCAAAAGCGUCGAAGUCCAAAGUUACGAAGAAGUCAGGAACAUCCACCACUCCAGCCUCCACCGCAGGGCCACCCACAGUUCUUUCAAAGAUAUUUUCACAUAACACAGAUCAAGCUAAAGCACAGCAAAAGUCAACUAGUGUACCAUCGCCAUCGACGGAGAUUUUCUGGAAAGUUAGAAAUAGAAGUAGGUCUCUUGAAGAGUCUACGCCGAUCAAGGAAGAUUUGGGGGACAUACAGUUGGUUCGACCGAAAUAUAAAAGACGAGAUUCUCGUGAGUUUAUGCGGGAACGUCGUACUAUUGAGAAAAGAUCUAGCGCAGAAAUACCCAGUGAAACAUCAAGCAUCGAUGAUACAUUGCAUGGCGUCGAAUCACUGAAGACUGACGUAUUUACCUCAUACGCACCCCGAAUGUCACAAGAAUCUCUGAGAAAGAAGCGUGUAUCUGAACCCAUUACCAAUGAAGUUAAAUAA